GAGAGAAAGAAACAAAGAGAAAAGGUCCCUAAAAACAAGUCUCCCUCACUGCAUUUCUGAAUACUAAUAAUCAAAUAUCACCAAAUUCCCGUACAACCUUUUGAGACUAGUGGCUAUAUCACAGUUCCAUGCACCUAAGACCCUAAUAAACAGCUCUUAUCAAGCCCCCUUUCCUUCAAUCCUUCCACCAUAUUGAUCUCUCUAGCAAUUCUCUAACUUCUAGCUAGCCUCAUUAUGCUGUUAAGAAUGAGUUUUUUCAACUCUUUGAUGCUAUUAAGCAUGUUUCUUUUUGUUGCGGCACCCGUUCACGGCUUAGAUUCAAGGAAGCUUGAUGAGACCACCGUGCCUGCACCAACUGAAGAGAAGUGCACGCCAUGUAAUCCAAGUCCUCCACCACCAUCGCCUCCUCCACCAGUAUUGUGUCCACCACCACCUCCUCCUCCAGAGUUGCCACCACCGACUCCAAAGAAGCCACCAUCAGGUUACUGCCCUCCACCCCCACCCGCACCAUCCUUUAUUUACGUAACUGGUCCACCAGGGAACUUGUACCCUAUUGACAACGAUUUCUCGGCUGCUGGCCGGCCAACCGUGACUUUGCAAGUUUUGAUUGGAUUGGGGAUAUUGUUAGGAUCACUGUUUGUAAGAUUUGGCGUUUGAGGCCUGAAUUUAUAGAAGUUAAUCGAGAUGGCGUGAUCAAAGAGUCCAGGGACAACAAGAUAAAGAAUUUUCGUGUCCAAAAGGAUAUAACUUCAUAGCUAAGAUGUUCUUGGUUCUUGCUUUAUUAUCUCUAAACUGUUCAGUAUCUUGAAUAACAGUCUUCUCUUCCCUUUUCGUAA